AUGGAGUUCUCACACUACUACUACAGCGACCCGCGGCGCUGGACGGUGCUGGCCGGCACCGUCAGGCAGAAGCCAAGCGCCACGCCGAGCGCCUACGUGGCCUCAAUCACGCGGCACCCGCAGUACGACGCCGACACCAGCGACUACGACCUCGCACUCAUGAAGCUCAGCAGCACGCUCAGCGUCGACGGCGAUUCAAUCCGCCCGGUUUGUCUCCCGGAAUAUUCCCAGUCGUUCCCUGACGGACAAACCUGCUGGAUCACGGGGUGGGGGGUAACCUCUGAGAGCAGUUCUGUCGUCCCUGAGUCGCUGCAGGAGGCCAAGGUGUCGCUCAUCUCCACGUCCGUGUGCAACAGAGCCACGGUGUACCACAACUCCGUCACGGCACGCAUGGUGUGUGCCGGAUUCCUCGCCGGGAAGAUCGACGCCUGCCAGGGUGACAGUGGGGGGCCCCUGGUGUGCUCGGAGGGGGAUGGGGGCACCACUUUCCGUCUGGUGGGGGCCACGAGCUGGGGGGAGGGCUGCGCGCGGAAGAACCAGCCCGGGGUCUACUCUCGCGUCUCCUCCAUGAUGGAGUGGGUCUACUCCACCAUGGACGCAUGAGACCCCCAGGUCUUCUCUGCUGCACCAUGCACUCGGCUCCUCGGAUCACCCCAAGUGGACCCGAAUUCUCUGGCAGGGAAGGGGGGGGAGUGAGUCCAUGCGUGAGUGAAUCUGUGAGUGAGUGAGUCCUGAGUGAGUCUGUG